AUGUCCGACUUCUUUCGUGCGUUUUUCAAGAUCCUGGAUCAGCGUCAACGUGCAACGAUGGCGUAUAGACCCCAGGCGAACGGAUCCGCAGAAAGGAUGGUACAGACUACCACAAGAGCACUUAAGAUGUAUGUCCAAGAUCUGGAUCAGCGAGAUUGGGACGAACAUUACCAACAGGCACGGGAGCAGGUGAAUCAGCGCUUACGGGAGGCGAUCUCAGAUCGGGCAGAUCAGCACAAUGACAUAGUGCGCCCACAUCAGGUGGAGGUCGGAUCUCGAGUGUGGUUAUACUUGGAUCGGGUGCGAGAGGGAUAUGCCAAGAAGCUUGCGCAUCUGAAAACAAGAUAUGGUCGGAUCUUGCGCGAAUUCUUAGUACACUGGCGGGGGUAUGAGGAUCCGACCUGGAUCGACGAGGCAGAUCUCAACUGUGGAGCGAUACUCCACGAGUUCUUACGGGAUCGCGCCAAUCAGAACCGGUUUGGCGUAAUGCAAUCUCACGAAGACACCUAA